AGCAUCUCCUCUCCCUCCUCUCUCUCACAACUUGAUCUCUGCUUGAGGGCUCGCCAUCUUCUGAGAUCAUCAUGGAUCCCGGCAGCAGAGACAACCUCUUUUCGAGAGGUCCUUCGCCACCUCCUCAACCUCAACUAUACCAGCAGGGUGCUCCUGCUCAAGUCAGCGAUCCCCAUCCUCCCGCACCACCAAGUACCCGCGAAAGCGCACCCACCGCCCACAACACCCUUGACACCCUAUUCCAUGGCCUGACAGCUUCCGCCCCGCAGCAGGCCAGCCAGCAGCCACCUAGCCACGCCUCCAAUGUUUAUGCUGUCCCGCAGGACGUACCGCAUUCGGGACCCGCAACUCCAGCUUCUGUGAACGCUGGAUCUGUUUCUUCUUCUCAUUCCGGUCCUAGUAACACCACCGCGGACAGACAGAACGCCCUUCUAUCUCUGCUCGGUACAGUUACUUCGCCACCUUCCAAUCCCCAAGCAGCCCCCAGUUUCGUUUCGAUGCCCCAGCAAGUGCCCACUCCCCCGGGAUCUGCGCCUAGGGUCGGUCAAACUUCAAAUGAACAGACCAAGUUCCUGUUGGACCAAUUGAUGUCCGGUCCUAAGUACAAUAACGAGCCUCAGCCUAGUACAUAUCCCCCGCUAGCGUCGGGUGGGCCGUCUCCCACAUACUUGCCAUCGAAUGCCGACUCUCAGUCUCACUCGCAGGGUGAAUUUUACUCCGCCGAGUCCUACGGCCCAAGCGAGCAGAUACAACCGUCAGAAUAUCCUGAGGCGCCCCUGAAUAAUCAAACUAAUCAGCGACCCCCUUCUCCUGGUCGCAGGUCGUUGUUCGACUUCGUGUCUCCUUUCGACGCGCUCGCAAGCCCGCCCCAGCAAAGCAAACGCAAACCAGUUCCUCCUCAGCAGCCACCUUCUACCGAUAGCACGGGGGAUUCCUCCUGGACCAAUGUCACCAUGGAUCCCAAGCGCAAGUCCGUCGAAAACCUUAUGGAUCAGAUCACCCGAGGGCAGGGCCCUCUCCAGCCUCCGGCGCAAUCUGUGACCGCCCAGUUCGACCCGUACGCUCCUAGCGAGGAGCUCUCCACUCCGCAAGCGGAGCAAGCACAGACCAGGGCUUCUCGCCCUCUGCCUCCACACCCUACCCAGCAGCAGCAGCAGUCACCUCGCGCUUCUCCGCCAAAGGUUCCUGCUCAAGCGCGGCAGCAGCGACAAUCUGUCGAUUCUCCCAUCGGCCCCCCUGCUCCCCAGGGUAGCUACUAUCAGCAGCCAAGGAAGGAAAAGGAGAGCUCUCCAUUCCGUCCGAUCGAGCCUCAGGCUCGCGGAAAGGGCAAUGGCGGCAAGGGCAAAGCUGUUGCUGCCCCCCAGCAGACCAUUAUCUUCGACGUAGCACAGUCCCUCGAGGAGAUCCGCGCUCCGCCGGAUGCAGUGAAGUCAACUGCGAUCGCGUUAGUGAAAGUAGACUCGACGUUCUUACCCGGCACCACGAUAGGCGCAACGCACUGGGUGGCGUACGCUAUGACGAAGGGUCGCGUGAGGGUUAUCUCGCGUUCUAGUGGGGACCGCACGCUGCUUCAGCUGCCGUCGCUCUUCCCGACGUCUGUUGCCGUGAGCGACAUGUCUGUUCACGGCAACAGGCUUGCAGGAGUGACUUCUGACGGUGGCUUCGUUGUGUGGGAACUGCCCGAACUCAUCAGGGAUGACGUCCCGGGCAAGAUUGUCCUUUGCGUGCUUCCUUCUACGGACAUGGAUCCUCUUCACGCGGAUCAGGAUUCUGAGGAUGCCAUUUCAAUUGAGGAGGGCGGAAAGACUGCGGAGGCGAAGGGCAAGAGUCCCGAAGCACCGUCCGCUGAUGUGACCGCAGCCCUCACGAAAGAGAUCAGAAAGGUAGAAGAGAACCUACAUACUCGCAUAGGUCGCAUGAUCGGGAAAGAGCUGGAUAAGCAACAUCAACGCCUGGAAGAUGCCCGUGCCAACGAGCAGGCCGCAGAUUUCGUCAGGCAGGAGAAGAUCCUGAAGCUCAUCUCCACAGAGCUCACCAAGAAUACCACUCGAGUCGUCGAGAUGGCGGUCAAGGCGGAGGUUCAGAGCUCUGUUCUUCCUGCGCUCGAGAACAUCACAAAGACGGAGGUGAAGGCUGCCCUCAACAACCAGAUCUCCAAGGGUCUCGCGGAGUCCAUGAAGCAGAACCUGCCAAACGAGAUCGAGAGACUGCUCCUCCGUCCAGAUGUCUCCAACCACAUUGCCCGCACGUUCUCCGGCGCUGUCACGCCUAUUGUUGAGAAGCAUGUCAAGGACGCCAUUACCAAGACCCUCAUCCCUACGUACUCGCAACAGUCGUCGCAGAUGCACCAAGAACUUUCACGCGAGAUUCACGGCGAGAUCCUCAACCUAAAGAAGGAGAUUAUCACCUGGCAGAGUGAAGCUCUUCGUGGUCAAGAGGCUGUCAUCCGUGACCUCGAACAAUCUGUUCGUGUCCUCUCGGACCAGAUCAAAUACCUAACGAUGAACGUUGGGUCCUCGGGCCAGCUCAACCUCCCUGCAGUUCAACGAGGCUCACCUGCAUCUCUUCCAAGCGCACAGCACUCGCAAGGCAACCUGUCUCAGCUCCGCCACGCGAAUAUCCCACUCGUAUCCCAGCAGCCGCCUUCGAGCUAUGCUCCUCCUCAACAUGGUCCAUUCCCCCAGCAGCAGCAGCAAGCGCCACAGCAGCCUCUUCCUCCCCCUCAAAGCGCGCCAUGGUUCCCCACCAAUAUCGCGGCGCCCCAAGCGUCUCACCCUGUGGCUCCUCCGCCUGCCCCGCAGGCAGUCAAUCGCACGCCGCCGUUGCCGCAGAACGAAGAAUGGGACGACACCUACCUCGCAGUGCUGGGCUCUCAGGAUUCCAGGCAACUUCGUGAACUGCUGGCUCGCUCGAACCCUGAGAUUGUCAUGCCCACCACUAGCAGCGGACCUCUGUCUCAGGCUGUCGUCCUGACGCUUGUUCAUCGUCUCUCGCAAAUCAUCGGCGAGACGCCGCCUGUAGACGAGUCGUUCAAAUCAUCUCUGUGGUGGCUGCAGCGUGCGGCUUCGACCUUGAACACCAGUGACCCUCUCAUCUCUCCAUACGUCUCUCGGGUGCUUCCCAGCGUCCAGCAGAUGCUCAACACCACCAAGCAACGCCUCGCAAUCCUGCCAGGAGGCCCCCUCAUGCCAGAAACCGCCCGCACGAUUUCUGACGUCCAAGAUAUGCUCGCUCGCAAGCCCAUGUAAACAAUAUGCAUCUCUCGGCUCGAUACGAAUACCGUCGCUCCUUUCAAGGAUCACGCCCCGAGGGCACAGGAGUAUGCCCUUUGACUGUUGCUCAGCCUCACUUUCGAUGGCCGGUCCCUCCCGACCCUCUUUACGCUUACAUUAUAUGUCAUCUUUACGCCUCGCAGGACACGAAGCUCCACGUCUCGUUACGGCCCUUUUAUGACUCCGAUUUGUAGCUCAAAGUAUCUUCGCUCCGACAACCUCCAAUGCUUUCCAAUGCUUACCCUGUUAAUCGUUCGUCCCUGUUGUCGUUUUAUCUGAAAAUCUUGUAGUACAGUAGUAGUUGACUUACAUUCCAAUGGCCAACAUGGCAUCUUUUCC